AUUUGAGACUGGCAACGCCGUGCAAAAUACGUCCAGACGCUGCUUUUUUACGUGCGGCAUCGGAGAAUAAUUGAAAUUUGACAGAAAAUACACAGGCGGCAAAGCUAAUUGCAUUUCGAACGCGUCGCAGAGGCAAGCCGGCAGCGAAAUUACACAUUUUGGCGGAAGUAACAACACAGUAAAGCCGCCACCAUGGCCGAGUACUUGGCAUCCAUUUUUGGCACGGAAAAGGACAAGGUUAACUGCUCGUUCUACUUUAAGAUCGGCGCUUGCCGCCACGGCGACCGAUGCUCGCGUAUUCACAACAAGCCAACUUUCUCGCAGACGGUGCUACUACAAAAUCUGUAUGUGAACCCUCAGAACUCGGCCAAAUCCGCGGAUGGCUCUCAUCUUGUAGCCAAUGUCUCCGACGAAGAGAUGCAGGAGCAUUACGACAACUUUUUCGAGGACGUUUUCGUCGAGUGUGAGGACAAGUACGGAGAAAUUGAGGAGAUGAACGUGUGCGACAACCUAGGCGACCACCUAGUAGGCAAUGUCUACAUAAAAUUCCGGAACGAGGCGGAUGCGGAAAAGGCAGCAAAUGAUUUAAAUAAUCGGUGGUUCGGCGGACGGCCGGUAUACUCCGAACUUUCGCCGGUCACCGAUUUUCGUGAGGCCUGCUGUCGGCAGUACGAAAUGGGUGAGUGUACCCGUUCUGGCUUCUGCAACUUCAUGCAUUUAAAGCCAAUCUCGCGGGAACUUCGGAGGUACCUCUAUUCUCGCCGGCGUCGUGCACGCUCCCGUUCCCGCUCGCCAGGCCGACGUCGCGGUUCCCGCAGCAGGUCACGGUCUCCGGGACGACGAGGAGGCGGCAGAGGAGACGGUGUAGGCGGAGGAAACUACUUGAACAACGAGCGGGACAAUAUGCGCGGCAACGACCGCGAUCGUCGCAAAGGUGGCGGGGGUGGAGGUGGCGGUGGGCGGUAUUAAAUAUUCUGGACAUUUUUUCAAUACAGUGGCAAUUGAGGGAGAAAGCAACGGACAAGCAACAACGCCAAGCAUCGUGUAUUUUAUUCUCUGCGUUAGUUUUCCACAUUUUUAUAUCACUUCGAAGUAGAGACAAGAUGAGGAGAAGAAAGGGAAAGGAUGAUGGGGUGUUCCACCACCUAUGUACAAACCCCCCGCGAAAUACUUUACCGAACGCCCAUUAGAAUUGUAAUUUACUAUACACACAUUCGUAAUAAUAAAAUUGAGUAAUACUAUAUGUAUACAGAAAAAGAAA